UUGACGUUCAGUUGUGCGUGGUUUCAUAGUGUUUGUUUGGAUUUUCAAAAAUGAACUUUUGUGUUAUAAUUAAACUCUGGAAUUAAAAUAUUGAAUAACAUGCAUUAUUAAUUAGAUUACAAUUGUUACUAACGGAAAAAUGGCUAUUCCACCGUUUCCGUCACAAGAUUUGGCGAAACUCGUUUUAGGGUAUCUUGCCGAAGAACAGUUGAUGACGGCUUAUGAUGAGUUUUUACUGGCUAGCCCAUAUCUAGAUGCCCUUAGAAAUGAAUAUGACAGAAUCUUUAUGACAUCACUUAGGAAUAUUCUAGCCGAAUAUAGGGCAAUUAAAAUAUAUGUGGAAACAUGUAAGCCCUUUUUGUUAAGAAAGAAAUUAUUUCAAUGUUCUAAUCUGUUAGAAAUUGUAAAGUUUCUUGUUAGUUAUAUAGAUUUAAACAGACUACAAGCACAGGAAUUAAAUGUAGAUAAGAUAAGUUCAAGCAAAUAUACUUCAAACACAAGAAGCAAUGUUUGUGAUGUUUGCGAUUCAUUGAGUUGGGAAAGCUGUAUGUGCAAAGAGAAAUCUCCUAAACCCGUAUCUAUGAUACACCCUGCUAGUCAAAUAGAGGCAUCUACUUUAGAGAGUUCAAUAGAAACAACAGCAUUAUCAGAUUUGCCUGGUAAUUCAGUUAAGAAAAAGAAAGUUACCAGGGAUUCGGCCAUAGAAACUGCACCAUCACAAACUAGCUCUACUGAACAAGUAACUGAUGUCAAUUUAAAAAGUUGGGACACUAAUACUUUAAGUAGUACAAGUCAUGAUCCACAACUGCCUUCAGUACCACCGCAAGAUAAUAAUACUUCUAUAAAUUUCAAUACACAGGAUAUCAUCUCUAAGUCAGAUGAGUCAAAACAAAAAAUUGAAGAGUUUAAUAAUAUAUUAAAUUUAGUUUGUAGCAACAAUAAUUCUUCACUCCCAAGGGGAAGUAGUUCUCAAGAUUGUACCAACAGAACAAUACCUAAUGCUGGUACUUUCCAAGAAUUUGCAACAGGAGUAAAUGAGAGCAACGAUAAGGAAAAAUCAAUUGUUCCCGAUUCAAGUACUUCAGAAAACUUUAACAGUACACAGAACAAUGCAAGAAUAGAAAAUAAAGUAAACAUAAGCCAAAUAACACAUAUUAAAGGCCCACCAAAAGCGCAAUUCUUACUAAAAGUAGCAACUUCUAAUUCACAACAUGUUCAAGCGAGUAAUACUAAUGACUCAACAAAAACACCGAAAAGUGAAUUACCUAAAAUAAAAAGUCUCUCUAAACAGAAAAUUGAUGAUCCAAAAAUCAAAAUUCUCUCAGAUGUCAAAGUAGGCAAAAGCUUUAAAAGCAAUAAUAAUAAAAAGGCUCCUCCGAUAAAGCCUGUUACAUCAACACCUUUGUUUCAAAUGCAGACAAUUCUUAUAAAUGGUACUCCGGCGUAUAAGCACAAACCACAACAAGGAACAAACUUCAGCUACACUAAAGAUGAAAUCAUGGCAAUGCCUACUAUAAUUUUAGUCCCAGCAUCAGAUGCUUCGCAGAAUCCAACAAUAGCCAAAAGUUCAACAGUCCAAAGUGUAAAUACAGUAGAAACAACCACUACAACAACAGCUCGGAUGUUAGGUCCCCUUAUGAUAGAUACUGUUUCUAAUAAUACUGCACCUAAUUCUGAAACAAUAGACGAACUAAUACAACAAGAUCCUUCAAGAGUGGCACCGGAAAUGAGUUCAGUGCAGCCAAUAGAUGUCACACAUAGCUCUGUUCCAAAAGACACAAAUCUUACAGUUUCUAACAAGACCAGUACACCUCAUGUUUUACCUCCAACGAGAAAGUCUUCAUCUACUCCGCGAAGAACUUCACACGUUAGAGUUUUAGAUUUCACAACACCUAGAAGAAUAUUACAUGAAACUAUUAAUGAACAAGAUACAAAUAAAAUUAUAUCAGGCGAAAUAGUCAAUGAUGAAAAUAAUGACUUACCACUUGAAGAUAAUGUCGUCAAUAACGAUAAAAUAAUAAUUCAGAAGGCUGAUUCCAAUACUUCAAUUACGAACCUUCCAACAAACCCAAGUAGUAUAAAAAUUAAAAAAAGAAAUUGGGAUGCCGAAUUACGCGCUCUUGCCGUGAAAAAUGACGACGAAGCUGUAAUUAAAGCAAAAUUGAAACCCGAGAAAACCAAAAUCAAUAAAAAAAAGGUUUCAUCGAAAGACGAGAAUGUUCAAGAGACUCCAGAAACGGAUAAACUCUCUAAUAGAAAUAGUAAAAAAAAGUUGACACCUAAAACGAAAAAAUCCAAGAAAAAGAUAAAAUCUGCUGAUAUUGUUUUAGACCCCACAGAAGACAAAAAGCCUACAGACCAAAAAGCUUCAGAUUUCCCCAUGAAUCCAACAGUCAAUAUAAUAAGAGAAUCAGAUUGGAGCACUAUGGAACCAAAGGAGAAUGCAGAAAAUCUAGCAGAUAAUCCAGCAGAUAAUCUAGCAGAUAUAGGAAAACAUAAUUACAGCGAUGAAAGGGUCGAUACACCAGAAACGGAAAGACUUUCAUUACAAAAUGUAAUCGGAGCCAAACUCAACAUAUCUGAUCUUUUAGAGACACCUUAUAAACAAGUAUUGUAUGAUAUUCAAAUGGAAACUCCUAAGUUUUUAGGCGCCGAUUUACCUGACGACCCCAUUUCAGAUAUUAAAAUUAUGAACAUACCAACACCACGAUUUUUAGCUACGCCUAAACCAGUACAAGCAACUCCAUCCUCAUAUUCGUCCCGUCUUACUGAUUAUUCUAGUGGAGGUUCAUAUUACAAACCAGACGAUCAAGAUUAUAUUCCAGCACCAGAAUUAUUAGAGUGCGCUGUUACUGUAGUUCAAGAACCAAUUAAAAUUGUACAUGAAAAACCUAAAGUAAAAAAGGUUGAAGCCAAAGAGAAAUCCCAAAAAUCUAGUCGGCCACAACGGAAGUGCACUAAAAAUGUAUCUUAUAAAAGUCCUAAUAUUACGGCAAGAACCAAGGAUCUUGAAAAUCAGGAUGUCGCUUCUGUGUCAAGUGAGACGAGCAAUACAAGUUUACGGGAAAGGAAAGCUGACAAAUCAAUAGAGCCACGUAAUCGAUUAAAGGCUAAAAGUAAAACUGACGGUAAAAAGUUUAUUACAAAUAUACCUAAAUCACCUUUAAAAAAAGAAACGCCCAAGAAGUAUAUUAAAAUAAAAGCAUUUCGAAAAACACCAGUUAAAGAAACGCCGAAUAAGGGAAAGAAAAAAACUGCAGACUUAUUUCAUACGCUUUCUGCAAAAUCAUUGUCAAGGAAACGAACAACUAGUAAAGAAAAAAAUACGACUGUUGUACCUGUUCUUACUGCUGUUCCUACAAAGUCACGAAGAAAAUCAUCAACGCCUAGAAAACUACAUUGCACAAAAUCUUUUAAUUCAGACAAUCCUAAUCCAAAUUUUUCUGAUUUAUCAAAAAAUACGGAGAAACUAACUGGAGUUGCUAGCGCGUAUUGUCCUCAGGAUUCUGAUACUGAGCAACAGCCUCUUCGGUGGUCUGAUGAUGGUUCUCAAGACGCUAAGUAUAAGGAAAAUCAAUCAGUAUCUAAUGCUGAUAAUGAUGACAUUAGUAAAAUAAAAGAAUACAUUGAAAAGUCAGUGCUAGAAAAGCAGUUUUCUGAAAAUGAAGGAAGUUUGCACAUCGAUUUAGUGAGAAGAGGUUUUGAUUUUGAGACUGCAAAAAUAAUCGAGCGUGAUUUGCUCGAUGCGACCCCUGUUCAAGACACUGCAGUACAGUCUACGAGUGACAUCACAGGUUUAAGUAAAAUUGAGGUUCCUCAAAGUAUUAGUGAUAAGGUCGAAUCUGAUGGCAGUAUUACAAAUAAUUUGCAAAUAGUACAAGAUGAAGUUGAUGAGGAAGAAGUAGAACUUUCGAUUCACGAAUGUUAUGAAGAGUGCAAGAAUUUUGUUACAUGCGAAUUUGACAAGUCAAGCUUUGUACCUAGAGUUGACAUUUCAAAAUUGAAAGAUACAUUUUCUAUGGAAGUAUGCAUAGAGGAUGGAGUAUCAAUAAGGCUUAGAGCGACUCCUUUUAAAGACUUAUAUGAAGAAAAUUUGAUCGAACCAAUUACAGAUUAUAGCAAGAACGAAACAGAAGCAGCAGUAAGUUCAAUAUCUAAUAUAGAUAAUUUGUAUACACCAAUGAAAGAUCGAAGAGCACAGUGUUUUGAAAUAUUUGAUUCAACAUUGACUAGUAUAGAUACACCUUUGAAAAGUGAAAUUAAUAAAGAUACUGUUUAUGAAACAACAGUAACUGAAAUAGUUCUAGAAGUUGAAAAUAUAGAAGUGAAAGAAAAAUCAGAAACGAAAAAAAGGAAAAGAGCACAAAGUGGGGCCUCCGAUGAGUCGCUAAACAAAAAAACAAAACCUGAUACUCAGUACUUAUUAAACUCAGCCAACAUACAGAAUAUUGAUAUAGAGUCAGUAUUGAGUAAGUUACAUGGACCUUAACAGACUGAAAUUGUUUUAUCAUUGUAUUUUUAAGUGAAAUCUACGUAUGAAUUAAGGACAAUAGUUUUAAUAGAGAUUAUGUUGAUCAUAUAUAUUAUGUAAAUAAAUUUAAUGAUAUUCAUAAGUCAAUUUUUUUGAAUAUUAUGUAAGUAUGUUUCUUAAUCGAUAUAAAGUAAAUAAAAUACGUGAUAUUUACGUGUUUUGUAGUAAUUUGUGUGAGACACAGUGUUUUUAUAUUUUCUAAUAAAAGUAAUUACCUGUUUAUUUCGUAUCUACUUCGGGGUAGAUUUGUAACUAUUCGUAAUUUAAGCCGUUAUAAUGU